AUAAUAUAUAAUAUAUAAUAUAUAAUAAUAAAUAGAAAUAGAAAUAUAAUAUAACCUUAAUCAGAUGACAGAAUACAGUCGUAAUUUAUUCCCCCUCAAGCAGCGCACCCCCCAUUUUUCUAGUGAGGCAACUUCACACUUUGAGAUGCUUUUUUAGAAUUUUUGCAGGUUAGAUCAAGGAGAAAAAGUGGAGUGGUCAGUCAUCUCCAGACACCACCAUAAACACACUUUAUUACUUAAACUUCUGAAUAACAAAAUACAUUUAAGAACUACCUAAGCCAUAUCCAAAUAUACUCAUACAAUGGCCCACCCAGCAGCCAGCAUCAAAUCCAUAUUUAGCGGCAGGGUAAAUCUUACGCCGGACGAUUUGGAUCCGUUCGAAUAUUCCGAUUUAGAUAAUUCCAAUGAUGGAAGUUCACGAGUUAGUGGAUAUGAUGAUAGUGGGAAUGGGGAGACUAAUGUGAAUAAUGGGAAUAAUCCUGCCAUCAGAAAACAUCGUAAACAGCAUCAUAAAACUCACAAUGAGGACGAAAUAGAAGAUGAUUCAAAUUCCAAUUACAGUGUGACUUCUAGUAAUUUGCGGCAGUUAUCACAAUCAUACGCUGAUGAUUCGAUACCUCAAGUGAAUAUUAAUAAACCAUUUCCUCAAAUUAAGGCUGGAUAUGUUAAUGCCGGUCACAAUAAUAACGAGUCUUCAACAAAUAUCUCUUUAGCUUCUACUGAGAGUGAUUACCAAAGAGAAUAUACUGAUGAUAAUGUCGAUUACUUGGCGAAUUCAGAAACUCCUAAUGGACCUCCUUUAGCUGAUACUCCACCUCCAGACUAUUUGGUCCCCAACGAUCCAUUUACAAGAUCACUCUCAAGAAAUUCCACUACAUCUUGUUUAUCGACUACCGCCACCAAAGAUGGUAUUGAAGGUAAACGAUUACACAGGCAUGGACCUACACCAUACUCUAGUAAUAUUAUUUCUAAUAUGAUCCAUAGCCAGCAGCAACAACAGCAACAGCAACGUGCACUCAAUGCUCAGUCUAAAUCGUUAAAGUCUACUUUGGCUAAUUCAUCAUCUCAUCAGAAUUCCAUAAAUGCUACUGAUCUUCGAGUAUCUACCACGGAUUCCAUUCAGGAUAAUGAUGCAAGUGAAUGUUCAGUAGUUACUACUCAAGCAGCUAUAGAUAGUGAAUAUGGAUCAGGAGGUCACCGAUAUUUCGAAGACCGAUUACCAGCUGACUAUAAGAUGCCUCCACCUAUUACUCUUAAGGAGAAGAUUAAUCUUCUUAACACCGACACCAUCACCAGUGAGAAGUGAUCACCCACCCAUAGUAACUACUAUCCUACCAUGCUACUAUAUCUAUUUAUUGUUUGUAUAUUUAAUCUAUUUAUUAUCUAUGUUUAAUACAUGCACUCCAAGUGUAAUCGUUACUCGGAGUCCACAAAAUUUU